UCCGGCCGCGUCACUCCCGGCCCGCCCGCUCGCUGAUUGGCGGGGCCCGGGGGGCGGGCCCAGGCGGCCGGCGGGCACCAAAGCGCCAUGGCGGCCGUGGCCCAGUGCGUGCGGGGUGCGCUGCGCCCGCGCCUACCGCUGCUGAGCGUCGCGCUGAGAACAUCUCCGCGACUGCUUUGUGCAGCAACACAGCAGAAAAAUACGGGCCAGAACUUGGAAGAGGACCAGAGUCAGAGCCAAAACGAGCAGAAGGGGGAACCUAGCUCUGCUGAAAAACUGCUAGCUGAAGAAAAGGCCAAACUGGAAGAACAACUGAAAGAAGUCACUGAGAAGUACAAGCGUGCCUUGGCAGAUGCAGAAAACGUGAGGCAAAGGAGCCAGAAACUGGUAGAAGAGGCAAAGUUAUACGGGAUCCAGAGCUUCUGUAAGGACUUACUAGAAGUCGCGGACAUUCUGGAGAAAGCAACAGAAAGCGUUCCAAAAGAAGAACUCAAGGACGACAACCCUCACUUGAAGAGCUUGUACGAAGGCCUCGUCAUGACGGAAGUGCAGAUCCAGAAGGUGUUCAAAAAGCACGGGCUGCUGAGACUGAACCCCGUGGGAGCCAAGUUCGACCCGUACGAGCACGAGGCGCUGUUCCACACGCCCGCCGAGGGCCGCGCGCCCGGCACCGUGGCGCUCGUCUCCAAGAUCGGCUACAAGCUGCACGGGCGCACGCUGCGGCCCGCCCUGGUGGGCGUCGUCAAGGAGGCUUAGCUGCUCGGGCUGGGAGCUUCAAAUGCCAUACAACUAUUAAACAGCUGGAUGGUUUCUCUCUCA